AUGCUUGCUUUGACUAUUAACGGCAUUAACGUGAGGAGUUAUCGUCAUGAAGAAGUGGUGCAGGUUCUGCGAAACGCAGGUGAGGAAGUGACUCUGACCGUGUCUUUCCUGAAGAGGACGCCUGCAUUUCUGAAGCUGCCGCUGUGUGAGGACUGCUCAUGUAUACCAAGUGACCAGAGCAGUGGAACAUCGUCUCCACUGUGUGACAGCGGCCUACAUCUGAACUACCAUCCCAACAACACGGACACAUUGUCUUGCUCGUCUUGGCCGAUGUCUCCGGGGUUGCGCUGGGAGAAGAGAUGGGUGGAUCUCCGUCUCAUCCCCCUCUUGCAUGCGCGUCUGUCCCAGUACGUCCCAGGUUCUGAUAUUUGCAGGCAAAAUGCCUUUCAAGUCAUUGCUGUGGAUGGGGUGUGCAGCGGGGUAAUUCAGUGCCCCAGUACUGACGAAUGCACCGACUGGCUUCAAGCAAUAGCUUCAAACAUUUCUGCCCUCACCAAGCACAACGUCACCACCUGGGACUGGACCAGAGCCGAGAAGAGCUUCACCGUCUACGAGAUCAUGUUCAAGAUACUGAAGGACAAUGAGCUGGUGGACAAGCGUAAGCACUGCUUCAGCGUUCAGACAGACUCCGGCGAGGACAUCUUCUUCAGCGUGGAGCUGGAAUGUGAGCUGCUUCUGUGGGAGAAAGCCUUUCAGAUGGCCACCUUCUUUGAUGUGGAGCGAAUACAGUGUAAAACAUACGCUUGCAUCAUGGACAGUCAUCUCAUGGGACUCACCAUCGAUUUCAGCAUGGGCUUCGUCUGCUUCGAUGCCGCCACAAAGGCAGUGCUGUGGAGAUAUAAAUUCUCUCAGCUGAAAGGGUCCUCAGAUGACGGCAAGAGCAAAAUCAAGUUCCUGUUCCAGAAUCAAGACACAAAACUUAUUGAAGCAAAGGAGCUGGAGUUCUCCAACCUCUUCGCGGUUCUCCACUGCAUCCACGCUUUCUUCGCCGCCAAAGUGGCUUGUCUGGAUCCCAUGUUCGUGAGCAGCCGAAAAGCCGCCAUGGCCCCCGUGGUGUCGGCCACUUCCACCUUAACCGCCCCGUCACAGACAUCCAAGCUCAAAUACACCAGCUGACAGACUCCAGCGACCUAUCUUCUCCUUACAGACUUUGAAAACGUAGGAUGAGAGGAACCAGCCCUGACGAACGAGUGGAAAUCCACUUUGAAACAAACAAUUCAAGUACGUAACAUUGAAAACCUCGCUAUAUCCUCCAGACGAGAAUCAGA